GGCAUCUGUCGUGGAGAACAAUCAUGCUCUUCUCUCAUCACAACGCCGUUGACGACCCUCCGCCCUCGUCAAGCAUGUCGUCACUGCCCGUCGUUCCCACCGCGCGUCAGCAACGUGCAGAACAGUCCUCAUCAGCUGGUCGAGAAUAUCGUUUCACUUUCCCGCCCUGGAAAGUUUAAGUUCAGAAACAUCGCCGUUGUGGCUUCUUGCAGCCAACGUACUUCGACUUUUUCUGAUUAAAUCAGGCUCCGUCCUUCGGUUGGAGCCACGAUCAGCUGCAUCUGAAGACUGAAGACAGACGAACUGCUCUCUCUCUCUCUCUCUCUCUCUCUCUCUCUCUCUCUCUCUCUCUCUCUCUCUCUCUCUCUCUCUCUGUGUGCGUAACAUAACUCUGCCUUGCGCUCAAGCGUGCACCAUUAUCAUGGCUACGCAUGGCCGUGGAGCAAUCGUCAGGGUGGAAGCAAAUGGCUGUUCCGCCGAACGCGACGGCCUGACAGGCUGUGAUAGGAGCGAAGAGAGGGGAUCAUCCUGCUGGGUUCGUGGCAGCGUCCUUGGGCAAGGGUCGUUUGGGCGGGUGCAUCACGCGCUUGACAGACGGUCGUGCGCGGUGUUUGCUGUGAAGACCGUAGGCAUCAAUCCAGAGGCCGUUGGCGAUCCAGGAAGCCCUUUGGCGCGUGCGUCGAUGGCCGAGCUUCGUGCAUUAGAGAACGAGAUCACCAUUCUAAGGCGGCUGGGUCCCACUCCUCACGUGGUAAAGUACCUUGGGGACGACUGGACAGUAGGCCAGGACGGGUCAACGGAGCGCAACCUGYUCCUGGAGCUGGCGAACGGGGGCAGCCUGGCGGAGUUCUCUAAGCGUUUCGGGGGAAAGUUGGACGAAUCUAUGAUCCGGCGAUGCUGCGGAGGGAUUCUGCGUGGACUGCAGCACGCGCACUCCCAGGGCGUAGUGCAUCGGGACGUCAAAGGUCAGAACGUCUUGGUGGUGGUCGACGAGGAGGGUGGGGUAACUGCCAAGCUCUCGGACUUCGGUGCUUCAGCUUGCGUCUGGGGGAACCGUGGCGCUUCCAUCGAUGGCCAAUCGCAUGGCUCAUCCAUCAGGCUCUGUACUGUAUCGCCAGAGGAGGUCAGCCAUUGUCCUAGACCUUCCGUAUCCCUCGCAGGCACUGUUCAAAGGAUGGCUCCCGAGGUAGCCGGCCAGAGCGGCACGAUGGAAGCGGCUUCCGACAUUUGGUCGUUGGGCUGCACGGUGAUCGAGAUGGCCACCGGCAGAGCGCCCUGGACGGACGUGGAGGACGCCAUGUCAGCGCUGUUCCGCAUCGCGUGCACCGACGAGGUUCCUGCUUUCCCCCCGCAUCUGUCAUCCGAGGCCAAAGACUUUCUCUCCAAGUGCUUGCUCCGGGAGCCGUCCGGCAGGUGGUCAGCUUCCAAGCUCCUUCAGCACCCUUUCGUAGCCGACGUUGGCCUCGAAGCAGUCGAUUGUGCGCGCCGCGGGAGAUGCUGUGCAAACCUGGCGGUGAAAAACUCCCAUCCCGCUGGUUUACCGAAUACUGCGGAUCUAAUCCCGGUGGGAUCGUUGGUCUCGCCACGCUUGGGUGGCGGAAACGAAAGAGAGAUGGAAGAUGCCGUCAAACAGGGUGGUGAGAUAUGGGAGAGGUUGACGCGCACCUCGUGUUUGUUGAAGGCUCCGGAACAAGAAGCCUCUCCGCGACUUGUAUUUGAUCUUCCCACGUCCUCUGGUUCCGAGCUAUCGCUGGAUGCUGCAAAUCGCGUUGAGUUAGUAGCGGUCUCAAUUCGUCAGGGCGAGCAAGCAAGCUCACCGCAUGGUCCCGUGGAUGGCGUGGGAUGGGAAUGCCGGAACGGCGGCGACAAGCAAACUGGAUUGACAGAGGGAACAGUUUCGCUGUUGACGGAGCGGCAGGAGGGUGAAGUGCGUGUCAAGGGAAAUCUAAGGCGGCUUUCUGAUGUGAUGGCGGCAGACGAGGCCCUGGCGGUUGGGAUCUCUCGACGUCACUCAGCUGUUCGUCGUCGUCCAUGGUGCAAGGGAAUGUUUCGAGACGUCUUCGAUAAUUCAGGCGCAGGCGGUGAGAAGACCGCGGCGUCGGACAAGGCGGAAGAUAGAGUGAGGUGCCCAAUGAACCAUGGGUUGUUGCCGUCGGGUCUUUGCGAAGAGUGGAUUCAAGUACUGAGUGGCACGAGGAAACAGGAAAGUGGAUAGCUAGUCCUGGCGAACGUGGCGCUAUCUGCCGUCGAGUGGCGGUGGACAUAAAUGGGUUUGGGAGUUCAUCAUCACAGUUAUGCCUUCAAACCCU